GACAGGUAUCCUAGAGGUGGAGCAAUCUGCCAGAGAAAUGGAGCGUGUGCUGUGUGUUCUCGCUGUGGGGCUGUGUGCGUGUGUGCUGGGACAGGUGACUGCAGAGGCCUUGAGCAGCAGUGCCGUACUGAGAGCCAUCAGCGAUGCGAAAAAAGUCAUUGAUGAUGCGUACACUUACUCUCGUGCUGAGACUCUGAGGCGUGUGAGGAAGGGUGUCACUAAUCCAUCUGACCUCCUGCGUUUGGUGAAGCAGCCGUCCCGAGACGCGCGCUCUGCUGUGAGAUCAGCUGACUACCUGGAGUACACCCUCCACCUUCUGAACGAGAGACACCACAUCCACAAGCGCUCACUUAAUGCUACAGAUUUGAUCAGCAAUAAGGAGCUGGAUACAAUCGCUCGUCUGACUGGGUGUGCUGCUCGUGUACGUGAACCCAAAUGCAAGAAAAUAUCCGACUUAGACCAGUUCCGCACAGCUACAAGUGUCUGUAACAACAGGAAUUUCCCCCGGCGUGGCUCCGCUGCAACACCCUUUGCGCGUUGGCUUCCAGCUGAGUAUCAAGAUGGCAUCUCCCUACCACAGGGCUGGGACCCCAAGGCCCGGCGCAAUGGAGCCCUGCUGCCGCUGGUGAGGCUCGUUUCAAACCGCAUCCUUAGCACACGCAACGAGGAUGUGGUGAGUGACUCUCUCUACACCCAUCUGAUCACCAUCUUCGGCCAGUGGACAGACCAUGACCUCACCUUCACCCCUCACUCUCCGAGCAUCCGCUCCUUCAAUGGCGGCAUCAACUGUGACGAGACCUGUGAACGUACGGAGCCAUGCUUCCCCAUUCGUAUUCCUCGCAAUGACCCUCGCUUUGGCCGCAGAUCUGAUGAGUGCAUCCCUUUCUUCCGUUCCGCUCCGGCCUGCGGGACUGGCGACAACGGUCACAUUUUCGGAGACGCCACCGUGCGGGAGCAGCUGAACACCCUGACUGCCUUCCUGGAUGCAGGGCAGGUGUACGGCUCCGAGGAGAAGCUGGCGCGCCAACUCCGCAACCGCACCCACGACAGCGGCCUGCUGGAGGUGAACGACCGAUUCACAGAUAAUGGACGAGAGCUGCUGCCCUUCUCUCGUAUCAAGGACCUGUGUGCCAACCGUAAGGCUAUCACUGGGGAUAAGAGAGCUAAAGACGUGCCCUGCUUCCUGGCUGGGGAUGAGCGCGUUGAUGAGAACAUUGGGCUGGCCUCCAUGCACACCAUGAUGAUGCGGGAACACAACCGAUUGGCACGUGCUCUGGGCCGACUUAACCCCAACUGGAGCGGAGAGACCGUCUUUCAGGAGGCACGCAAGAUCUUGGGGGCCUACUUCCAGGUGAUCACGUUCCGUGACUACUUGCUCCACAUUGUUGGCCCAGACAUCCUUAAUGGAGCUGAGCUGGGUCCUUAUCCUGGUUAUGAUGAGAAUGUGGACCCGUCCAUCUCAAACGUGUUUGCCACCGCAGCCUACCGCUUUGCCCAUCUGGCCAUUCAGCCCUUUAUGUUCCGCCUGAAUGAGACCUAUGAAGAGCACCCACAGUUUCCCAGUGUGCUGUUCCACCAGAACUUUUUUACCCCCUGGAGGCUGGUUUUUGAGGGUGGCAUCGACCCAGUGAUUCGUGGUCUGGUGGGCCGCCAGGCGAAGCUCAACACACAGGACGCCAUGAUGCACAACGAGCUGCGCGAGCGCCUCUUUGAGUUCCUGGGGCACGUGGCGCUGGACCUGGCUGCGCUGAACAUGCAGAGGGGACGCGACCAUGGCCUUCCAGGCUACAAUAGCUGGCGUGGCUUCUGUGGCUUGUCCCAGCCUAGUACGCUGGAUGAGCUAGCCGAGGUCCUGAACAACACCGAUCUGGCCCAGGACCUGAUGGACCUCUACGGCACCGUGGACAACAUCGACGUGUGGCUGGGAGGAGUGGCCGAGCCUUUCGUGGACGGAGGGCGCGUGGGACCGCUGUUUGCCUGCAUCAUUGCCAGACAGUUCCAGAAAAUCCGCCAGGGAGACAGCCUGUGGUGGGAGAAUGAUGGCGUGUUCACUGAAGCCCAGCGUGAGUCUCUGCGCACAGCGUCUCUGUCCCGUGUCAUCUGUGACAACACCGGCAUCACUGACGUCCCUGAGAACCCCUUCGAGUACCGCCCACGUGGCUCUGGAUACACACGCUGCCAGGAUAUCCCAGCCUUUGACCUUCGACCCUGGAAGGAGAACGAGGCCAAGAGGCAUGAAGUAUGUGAAGGCAGGACGGGGCACCUCUCCUGUGGGGCGGAUUUCAUCAAGGUGAUCUCAGCCAGCUAUGGACGCAGCAACAGAGACACCUGCAGCAGUGGACGCCCGUCAAACCAGCUUUCCAACACCCAAUGCCACCAGAACCAGUCUCUACGCAUUAUGUCUGACAGGUGCAAUGGAAAGUCAAGCUGUGCUGUGCCUGUGACAAACGCAGUGUUCUCUGAUCCUUGUGGUGGGACAUAUAAAUAUCUGGAUGUAUCUUAUGAAUGCCACCCAGUCAAGUGAGCAGAUCACCCUCACUGAAGGCCACACACUGCUGUAGACCAGCACAGACAAAUAACGAAAACUAUUAUGUAAAGGGUCAAGGCACAUCCAGUGCAUGCAAUGUAUACAAUUAGAUUUAUGGCUUUGAUGGACUUCACAAUGAAAUUCUGAAAAACAUGGACCAAACAUGUGACAACAUGAGAAUUGAACUUCAGCACAAUCAGGCAAUGUAUUUCUAAUAAAAAAAAACGAUUGCGUAGUUUUUUUUAAUCACAGUAGAAAUAAUCAAAUGUGUAUAAUAAAUACAUGUAUGUAGUCUAAAUUGCAAAAUGUAAAAAUGAUAAAUGCUGAAACAGGUGUUACAAACGUCUGACUACAGAAUACAUUUUAGUUUGUUCUAGUUUGUAUACAUUUUAAAUGCAACAUAUUAAUGCAUAGUAAUGUUUGUAUGUCUAAAGCAACACUGAUCCUUUUCAACUUCUAAAUGGUAUAAAUUAAUCUGAAUAAAUGGAUUCAAUACUUCCCUCAGGAAAUCUUACAUUGUUGAAAUGAAUUAAUCUGGAACAGAUAUUUUAUGUGAACUAUCUAAGUAUAUCUCACAAUAAAGGGGAUGGCAAUGGCA